AAGGUAACAGACAUUAUAUCAUGUCCAUUUCUAAUCGGAUUUCGCAACACUUUCCUCUCAAGCCAAGUGAUGUAUGAAAAUUACAGAAGACCCUUGACCCAGUAGGAUAUUUUCCUUAAAUUCGUCGACUUUUUGAUCUGAAAGAUGAUUCAAUUUCUAUCCUUGACCCACUCGACCACAUGAAUGCCAAGAAUUUGCACUUGGGUGUGAGAACUUCAAACCCUACGUCAAAUCUGAAUUUACAAAAUUUCUACAGAAAUUUGGGAAUUUGGGUUGUGUCAACUGCUCGCGACACAAUAUGUCUACAACUUUGUGUUGCAUUCACACUCCAUAAAUCUUGUUGCUGCUAGGCAAUACUUGAAGAUACGGAGACCAAUGGGAAAUAAACCUUCUGUUUGUAAUGAUCUUUGUCCACCAUUUCAAUUCUCAAUCCUGAAUUCUUCCUCAGUAUCUCUAUUUUUUCGGUUUGUAAUAAUCUUUGUCCACCAUUUCAAUUCUCAGUCCUGAAUUCUUCCUCAAUAUCUCUAUUUUUUCGUUUUGCAAUAAUCUUUGUCCACCAUAUCAUUGUUAAUCUUGAAUUUUUCCUCAAUAUCUUUGUUUUAGGGUUUUGUAAUGAUCUUUGUCCACUAUAUCAAUUGUCAGUCUUCAAUUCUUCCUCAAUAUCUCUGUUUUCUGGUUUUAUAAUGAUCUUUGUCCACCAUAUCAAUCGUCAAUCUUGAAUUCUUCCUCAAUAUCUCUGUUUUCUAGUUUGAACAUUGGCAGAAAAAACAAGGGAAAAAAUGUCUAGCAUGGUUGUCUCAGGAUUCGUUAGCAUGGGGAUUGACAUCUUAAUUAAGGACAUUCUAAACCGUUUAAGCACUGCCAUCCGGUGCAAGAAGGAGUUGGAGUCCCUCAGGAGAUUGGUUUUGAGUCUUCAAGAGAUCAACUUGGCCUUGCAGAGCUAUCGCCUGGCUUUCACCUCUGGUCAGUUAAACUCUUCUCAAGAGCUUAUUCCGCUGGCUGUAAAUAACUGGCUUAGAACUUUAGACAUGCUUCUCCAGCAAGCAUUCGAAAUGGUUCAACAAUGCACGCUUAGAAUACCAACGUAUGAUGUGUUUUCUCGUUAUAAAAUGAGUAGAAGGAUCACACACACAAUUUCAAGCAUCAAAGAACAUCGAGAGAAUGCAGCAUCAAUUGGCAUCACACUUCAGCUUCUGCAAUCACUAAGGCAUCUUCAUCUUUCCAACAGCAAUAUUGCAGCCUCAAGCAGCGCAGUGGCACCUCUGAGGGAAGGGAUAAAGUAUAUAGAGGAGCCACUUAUUGUGGGACUGGACAGAGCCUUGGCAAAACUUGAGGAGUUGCUGCAUAGUUCAUCCCAUAUAGGUCUGGUCGGCAUGGGUGGGGCAGGUAAAACCCUCCUUCUGAAAUUACUCUUCAACAGCCAUCAGGUACAAAAUCUAUUUCCUAAUGGCUUAUUGCUUUGGCUUACCAUUUCACAGAGUCCAUCAUUAAAAGACCUUAGAAAUUAUCUUGGUAGCCAAAUAGCCUUCAAAACAAAUGAUGUUUUUAACCAAAUGCUAGCUGAAGAUGAUAUUAAAAUUUGGUUAAAUAGGAAGAUGGGCCAACACAAAUUUGCCUUAUUUAUAGAUGAUGUUUGGGAAAGAGGUGCAGAGUUGUUGGAGGGUUUGGGUGUGACUCUGCCUCGUGUCUGCAACUCCAAUUGUGAGUCAACUUCAAGUGCAAUUAUAGUGAGUUCCAGAAAUAGCAGCACGCUUUUGCAAAUGGGCAUUGGAAAUUCAUCAACCGUCCAAAUGCAGCAGUUGAUUGAGUAUGACAGUUGGCAGUUGUUUCUUUCCCAGGCUUUUCCAUACAACAAUGGAAAACUACCCACAACCAUUAAGGAAGAAACGGCCAGGGGCAUUUGCAGGGAGUGUGGGGGACUUCCCCUGGCCCUCAAAGUAACAGGCAAGGCCAUGGCAGGAAUAACCGGUUCAGAGGGAUGGGAAAUUACACUAAAGAAGCUAAGGAAUGCAGAGUCCUUCAGCAACAGGGAGCUUGCAGAUUCACUUUACAGUAGGCUCCGAGUGAGCUAUGAUGCACUAGCCAGACAUGGUUUUUCCUUACAAUUAUGUUUUCUCUACCUCGCUGCCUUUGUGGAAGACAAAGUCCUCAUUACUGCAACUGUGAGUAGCAUCUGGUUUGGAGAAGGUUUACUUGACAAGCAUGAUCCAUUCCAACAUGGACAGGCUAAUGUUGAUCUGUUAGCCAAUCGUUGUCUAAUUGAGCCUAUCCAGAGAGAUGUAAAUGGGCAGGUGCUAAGUUUCAGAGUGCAUGAUGUCCUCUAUACUUUAGCAAGACAGAUUGCUCAGAUGGAAGAGAAUUGUUUCUUUCAUUCAGGCAGAGGUUUAGAAGAGUUCCCAGCCAAUGAGUGUUCGGACUGUGUUAGAAUUUCAUUGACAGACAACAAGCUGAGGUGUGUUCCCAAUACCUUCAGAGGCCCACAUAUCCGCUCGCUGCUACUUUGUGGAAAUCCUGAUUUGAAAGAAAUCCCAAAACAAGUGGUUGGGAGUAUGACCUUUCUAAGGGUUCUGGAUCUGUCAAAUACAUGCAUUAUGGCCUUACCAGAAAACAUAGGAUGUUUGAAACAUUUGGUUUCCCUAAAUUUAUCUUCUGUACCAAUCACAAGAUUACCCAAUUCUAUCACCACACUUAACAACCUUCAAAUGCUACAUCUUUAUAGAUCUUAUAUAAGGGAACUACCAUCCAACAUCCAUAAGAUGAGCUCCCUAAGAGUAUUGGAUAUUAGUUUUUGUAAAAAAUUGCACUCCUUGCCCUAUGGAAUCUCACAACUUAAGUCUAUGGAGCUAUUGAAACUCAGAAGUUCUCCAAAUGUAUGGGUAAAGAGUGAGCAGAGUAAGAGAAGAAGAGAUUCAUUUUCAAUCAAUGAUUUAAGUGCUCUAAAACAAGUCAAAUGGUUGCAGCUAAGUAAUAAUGGGGAAACAAUUCAAGAAAGAACACUGGGAAGCAUGAUGCAGAUGGAAUCUCUACAUUUGGAUCUCACAAAGAUGGAAAGUCUACCUCAUGACAUAAUUGCCAUGUCAAGAUUGAGGAAACUAUGGUUAACAUGCCCUCAAUUACUCAAAACGGAACAUACCUUUUCUGGAUUUCAACAUCUCAUCUAUAUCAAAUUCAUGAAGUGUUACAUGUUGAAACAAUUACCGGACUUGCACAAACUUGUAAGGCUUAAGCAGCUAGAUAUUGUUCGCUGCACCAACAUAGAGAAUUUGCCCAAGGAAUUUGGUGAGAACGGAGCAUUUCCCAUGCUAGAGACAUUUUCACUCGUUUGCCUGGACAAGCUAGAGGAGUUGCCAAGAUUAGAGGAAGAAGCCAUGCCUUCACUUAAAGUAUUCUCAUUAGUGUUGUGUGAGGCAUUGCAAAUGUUGCCAGAGAAUUAUUGGAAUUUGAAGAGCCUCGAUAAAAUAAGAGUAUAUGGUUGCUCAGCGGUUCUCAAAAGAAUCGAAGAAAACCAUCUCUUAAGAAGCUCAAAAGUGCAAAUUCUCACAUUAUCUGCAGCAGACACCAUAGCAUCGGUGAAACGCAUGGAAACAAUUCUUCUGAAGAGAGAACAUUGGCUCUUUGGAGAGUUUUGGUCCAACGAGCUCUUUCACUUUUUAUACAAGACUUCUUAUGUCAUAUUUGAUUGAUAAAUGUUAUUUGGACAGACCACAGCUGUAGUAAAAAUUCUAGCUUAUGUCGGGUGAUUCAUGUAAU